AACGCAAGACGAAACGUCACAGAAAAAAACAAAGCGGUUCGCGUCAUGUUUUCCCAAGAAAAUUUUGAAAAUGACCCCGAAAGGCAGGUGGAGGAAGAUGAAGAGUCCGAGGAAAGCUACACGGAAGAAGAGUAUCUGAAAGAGGAUCAGCCGGAAGAAGUAAACCCCGAUAGACUCGAAGAAUCUAAUCCGGAAGCUGGCGGGAUCGAUUACGAUCCGUUUACGGACGACGAAGCUGGACCUUCUCCAUCCCCUCAGCGAGAGCAGGAACGCUCAAAAGCGAAGCGACGAAAGUGCGAAAAAUUGUUUUCAUUGGAAUGCAGUUUUUGUCAGAGAUUGUACCGAAGUCAGUUGAGGCCAAAAGAAAACUUCUCGGCGCAGAUCAGUGGCGAUUCUGUGCAGGAGGUGGUAGCAAAUAUGUGGGAGUCGGGAAAAAGCCUCAUCAAACGGGAAGUCAGAUUCGAAAAUGGAGUCCCGAAAUGGGCUUCUGGUGAAAUCCCCGGAGAAGAAUCCGCAGAAAAGUUCCUCAUCGUGUACGACGUAACCGCUCAUAAAUCGUAUGCCACGACGAAUCUAACCUCGAAAAAGCUGCAAAAGUGGCGUGAUCAGAUUGUUAAGGUGUUUGUGUACGCUUACUCCAAGGAAGUUGAGACCAAGGGUCAGUAUGGGGAUGUUCUCAAAUACUUAAUCAAUCCCAAGAAUCCUGAUCGGGCUGGCGCCAACUCUAUGAGGGAGGAAGCUGCUUUGGCAAAGAGUUGA